UUGUGCGUGUUUUUGUACUCUCUUCUGUGUUCUCGUCGCUAUGUCGGGUAGCAUGAGUUGGCGCGACUUCAGUAUCCCCAACCUGGUUUUGCACGUGGUCUUGUAGCUACUAUGACUUCUCGUACUACACAGCAACUUCUGUAAACUGUUCCGAUUCAUUGUAGGACAGAUGGACAGACACAUGGACAGACAAACGGACAGACAGACAUAUGGAUGGACAGACAGACAGAUAGACAGAAGGACAAACAGACAGACAGACGGACAGACACACAGAUGGACAGACAGAAGGACUGACAAACAGACAGACAGAUGGAUGAAUGGAGGCAACAGUUGGUGUAUGUCAGUUGUUAUGAUGUGUUUUGUGUUAUUAGAUGUUAGUGGUGCUGCUCAUAUGAUUGGGGACAUUGUGACGGGUGUGAAGCCUGCAUUGGCUGAAGGGAGGCCAAUGGAACCGAUGGCUGACGACAGAGAUGGUGCAGGAAGAUAUCAGUUUUUGUCUGAGGUGCUUCGUUGGAGAGCACAAACGACUCCUGAUCACGUGCUUUUUACGUUACUGAAUGAAAAGGGUGCUGUAGCGCGAACUAUGACCUGCAUGCAGUUGAUGAAGAAAGCAGAGAGAAUUGGAGCUGCUUGCUUGGAGAGAGCAAACCUGAGGUCAGGAGACCACGUAACUCUUCUUUAUCCUCCAGGUGCUGUUGAUGUACGAGUUCCAUCAGUAGUUGCCGAGAAGGGGUCAGUCACUUUAUCGUGCAUCACCGAUGAGACUGUGAUUCGAUGGACGAAAGGACCGAGUCAGACUGUAAUACAUAGUGGCAGGCUUAGACUCCGUAGUGACAGCAAGGAGUUGGAUAUUCUCAAAGUACAAAAAUCAGACGAAGACACCUACUAUUGUUACACCAGGAACACAAAUGGUAUCAUACAUAGUCACCAUGGUAGAAUGGUUGUGAUUGUUCCACCGACUGUUCGUGCACACGGUGCGUUUGCACUCGAAGGCAAGAGUGUCAAUCUUCGCUGCACUGGAUCUAACUUUUUUACUGUUUCGUGGAGGUUUAAUGGUGUGGAGUUGCAUGGAAAGUCGACUUCUAGAUACUCAUUUGAUGGUGACAGUGGAGAGAGUCUGACGAUAUUGAAUGUGACAAAGGCAGAUAAUGGAACUUGCACCAAAGGUCUUAGCAGAACCACAAGAUAUACUGUUAUGCCGAUUGGAUUCUCAGCUGUGCUUCGAUGCAUUGGAAAAGCCAUGCCUCAUGCUCAAGUUAGUUGGUUGAAGGACAACAAGUCUAUUUCUGCAGACACUCGAUUAGUGCAAGAGAAUGAUGUGUUGCUUUUUAUGAAACUUCAUGCAAACGAUAGUGGAGAGUAUCGCUGCUUGUUGAAAAAUGCCAUCGGAACAACAUCAUCACGACCAGCUAUCCUUCAAGUUAUUGGUAUUGAUACAUUGAUAAUUACUAUUUACUAAUUGCUAUUUCAGUACAAAAAAACACACACACAGAUGCACACACACACACACACACACACACACACACACACACACACACACACACACACACACACACACACACACACACACACGUCAA